AUUGGCUCUGCUGUAGGGAACGCCGUGCGCAGCUCGACGGGCAUUUUUAGGGUCGUGUGCAAACCGCGUGUGGCGCAGCCGAGAGGAACUGUAGAUAAACAGCGUUUGGGUGAACCAAAUCUGAAAACAUGAGCAGUAACGAGUGCUUCAAGUGUGGUCGUUCUGGUCACUGGGCUAGGGAGUGCCCUACAGGUGGCGGACGUGGUCGAGGUGCUGCUAGAGGCAGAGGACGUGGUGGAUUCAACUCUUCAAGAGGGUUCCAAUUUAUUUCUUCAUCUCUUCCAGACAUUUGUUACCGUUGUGGAGAGUCUGGCCAUCUUGCUAAGGAUUGUGACCUUCAAGAGGAUGCUUGCUAUAACUGUGGGAGAGGUGGCCAUAUUGCAAAGGACUGUAAGGAGCCAAGGAAGGAGAGGGAGCAGUGCUGCUACAACUGUGGCAAACCAGGUCACCUUGCCCGUGAUUGUGACCACGCUGAUGAGCAGAAAUGUUAUUCCUGUGGGGAGUUUGGCCAUAUCCAGAAAGACUGCACCAAAGUGAAAUGCUACAGGUGUGGGGAGACUGGCCACGUAGCCAUCAACUGCAGCAAGACCAGUGAAGUCAACUGUUAUCGCUGCGGGGAGUCGGGGCACCUUGCGCGGGAAUGCACGAUUGAAGCUACAGCUUAAAUUUCUUUUGUCGCCCCUCCUUUUUCUGAUUGAUGGUUGUAUUAUUUUCUCUGAAUCCUCUUCACUGGCCAAAGGUUGGCAGAUAGAGCUAGUCCCAGGCCAGUGAGCUUUACUUGACGUGCAAAAGGAGGAAAGGGUGGAAACAAAACGACUUCCUGCAUUUAACUACAAAAAAAAAAUGUUUAUGUUUAGUUUGGUAGAGGUGUUAUGUAUAAUGCUUUGUUAAAGAACCCCCUUUCCGUGCCACUGGUGAGUUGGGAUUAAAUGAUCGGAAGAGUUGAGUCAGACUAGUAGACCCUUCUCAGGUUUAUGGUAGCACCUGUGCAAGGAGAUCCGCUACUGGGAGAGUAUGUAAAAACUUCUGCAAAUAUUUAAUUUUGUGGUGGUCUCGUUGUCUGACCUCAGCUGUUCUUAACAUCAACUACAUCUGUAUUGGGCUAGGGCAGAGUACCGCGUCAAUGUCUAAGUGGCCAAGUCUAAAAUUCCGGUGAAAGAGGCCAUUGAGAUUGCGUCGGAGAUACAGUUGACAGAAAGAUCUGGAAUUUUUUUUUGUUCCUUUUCAUGGAAGUAAUGAAAAUAACCCAGAACAUGCAUAAAUGAAUAAAGCAAAGUAAGCUAUUCAGGAGCUGCAGAGAAAUGUUUUCACAGAAAUCAAGAUGUUAUUUUUGUAUACUAUAUCACUUUAGACAACUGUUUGAGUUUCAUUUGCGUGUAAUCAGUUUUUAAAGUCGGAUGGUAAAAGAAACUGAAGUCCUGGAAAAUAGAAAUGUAAUUUUAAACUAUCAAUAAAGCUGGAGGAGGAAGGGGAGUUUGCCUAAA